AUGGCUGCUUACAAUGAGAAGCGUUUCGGCGGGAGCCAGGAACUGUCCCUCGAGUCAGGCAGCGGCGACGUGCCGGCGGCUGAACAGCUCACUUCUUCGUCUGAUUACGAAACUGGCGUCUUAGCAAGCCUCCGUCGCUUCGAGGCUCGCAUGGACAAGGCUCUCGCGGUUGAGUCUGAGGCUAUCGUACGCAAAACAGAAAAGGACAAACGACCCGUACCAUGGCACGAAGAGCUUAACAUGGCCUUAAUUUGGGCCUCUGGUACUAUGGGUAUAAGCUGUUUUGCCACUGGGUUCCUGGGUUGGGAGUUUGGCCUCAGCUUAAAGCAGAGCCUGCUCAUAUACAUCUUUGCCUCUAUUCUUGGUGGAUCAGUGUCAUCAUACUGCGCCACCUUUGGUGCGGCUACCGGCCUACGUCAGGUCUCUGUCUCUCGUUACAGCUUCGGUUGGUAUCCCAACAAGGUCAUCGCAUUCCUCAAUGGCAUUGAGCAGCUGGGUUGGGCUUCUGUUGCCACAAUCAGCGGUGGUCUGGCACUUACAGCUGUCGCGGACGGCCACAUUUCUCUCGUUGUCGGCGUUAUCAUCAUCGCCCUGGUUUCUCUUGCCAUCAGUUUUUUGGGUCUCAAAUACAUCCUGAUCUACGAGAGGUAUGCCUGGUGCAUUUACCUUAUCGUGUUCAUGAUCAUCUUUGGUAUGGUGGGACCAUACGCUGACAGCAAAACCCCUGCCUCUAGUUCAGGUGUAAAUCUUUCUGGCAAUGUGCUGUCUCUGAUCGCUGUUGUUUACGGCAGCUCCGCAUCUUGGGCGACAAUGGCUUCGGACUACUAUGCGCACUACCCAGCUAAUACGUCGAGGUUGAAAGUCUGGCUCUUGACUACUGCCGGCAUUGCUAUCCCUACCGCAAUUGGUAUGACGGCAGGUGCUACGGUUGCCAGUGCACUUAACAAUGUCGAUGCCUGGAAGACGGCAUACACAGACCCUCACCGCGGCCUUGGCUUCCUUAUCAGAGACAUGUUGCAUCCCCGAGGCUUCGCCAAGUUCCUCCUCGUUUUGCUAUCCUUCAGCGGUAUCAACACCAAUAUCAUGUCCCUCUACUCCUCUGCCAUUUCAUUUCAACAAAUGGCCACCCCAUGUGCAAAAGUUCCUCGAUUUGUUUGGACACUUGGUAAUUUCGUGAUUGUCAUUGUUCUGGCUAUUGUUGGUCGUCAAAAGCUCAACACAUAUCUGCAGGACUUCCUCAGUCUAUUGGGUUAUUGGUGCACCAGCUACUUCGUUAUUCUUUUCGAGGAGCAUACCAUCUUCCGCAAGCGUGACUUUGCCAACUACGAUUUGGAGAGCUGGAAUGACCGGAAAAUGCUACCACAUGGCAUUGCUGCGUCUAUCGCCUUCCUUUUGGGUGUUGUUGCGUGGUGCGUAGGAAUGGUCGAGACUUGGUUUACCGGACCACUUGGCAAGUUGAUUGGAACAGAUGGAGGUGAUGUUGCAAAUGAGUUGACCUUUGUAAUUACCGCCAUCGUGUACCCAGUUGCUCGAUAUUUUGAGCUGAAAUACUUUGGCAAGUAG